AUGAUUUCUUGGAUUCUAAGAUUCAUAAAUAAUUGUAGACAUGGAGGAAGAAAUUAUGGCAAAACCCUGAGUGUUGAAGAAUUGGACAUUGCUGAGAAGAAAUUAGUGAAGAUCGUUCAACAAGAAGCAUUCUCUAGUGAAGAACAGUUGAAGGGACAUUUUACUUUCAGAGAUGAAGAAGGGAUUAUAAGAUUGAAAACGAAGAUUUUGAGAAGACAUGAUGAUGAAAACUUCCGGUGCCCCAUUGAAGAAAAAACAGUACAAGGAGUCAUAUCGAAGUGCGUUCGGUGCAAGAGACACUCGGCGAAAGCUCUUGAUACAGUGCCUUGUCCUCUCCCAGAAGAUCGAGUCAGAGAUGCUUAUGCAUUUGAGGUGACAGGUGUUGAUGUAGCAGGACCACUUUAUUUAAAAGAAAAUAGAAAAGCUUGGAUCUUGCUUUUUACUUGUGGAGUUUAUCGUGCGGUUCAUUUAGAAUUAAUUGAAAGCUUAUCGACUAAUGGAUUCUUCCUCGGAUUUCGAAGAUUCAUAGCACGAAGAGGACGGCCUAGAGUAGUAUACAGCAACAAUGGCACAAAUUUUGUAGGGGCAAGGAAUUUACUCCGAUCUGUUGACUGGAACCAAAUUAUCAAAAGUUCUUCGACAAUGAAAAUUCAGUGGAAGUUAAAUCCACCAACCGCAGCAUGGUGGGGCGGCUGGUGGGAGAGACUGGUUCAGAUGAUCAAGAAAUUAUUGAGAAGAGUCCUGGGAAAAGCAUUACUUUCAUAUGAAGAAAUGUUAACUAUCCUAUGUGAUGCAGAAGCAAAUAUCAACUCCAGACCAUUAACAUACGAGUCAGAAGAUUCCACCGAUUUAUGUGCACUCACUCCAUCUAUGUUUAUUCAGGAUGUGCGAACUGAAGGUGUUCCGGAUCUGGACAGUUUGGAUAAAAUCAACUUAUCGAAAAGAUGGCGAUACCACCAAAAAUUACGUGUAGAAUUUCGUAAAAGAUUUCUUGGAUUGUUAGAAUGA